AUUCUCGUUGGAGAGAAACGUUCACCAUUUUGUAUUUUGUCAUUUACGUUAUAGAAGCUAAACCGGAACAACUACGAUCAGUGCCGGCUAGUUUAUUCCUCAUUUUUAACAAAAAAUACCGCAUAAAAUCGCAAUUACUCAAAGUAAGAUAGUGCUGGUCAUUAAAAUUUAGUGAGCAAAGCAAAAUGAGUGCUGAAAAUUCCAGCCCUGCUUUGAGUGUGGAAAAAUCCAUUGUUAUACUGCUGGAUGUCGCCGGUACAACAACUUCUAACACGUUUUUAAAAGAUACCCUUUACUCUUAUGUAACCAAACAAGCUGAAACCUUCCUGAAGGAGUCAUGGGAAGAACAAGAAGUAAAAGAUGCAGUCAAACUUAUCAAAGAUGAUCUUGAUCAAGAAGCAGCCAUUCCACUCAUUAAAGAGCUGACUGAGAAAAACAGUGAUAAUGAAGGCUUGAAAAAAGUACAGGGACUGAUUUAUAAAAAAGGCUACAAGAAUGGUGAAUUGAAAGCACAUGUAUUUCCUGAUGUUGUCCCUGCUUUGGAGUCCUGGGCCAAAUCUCGUAAAAUCGCUAUAUAUUCAACUGGCAGCUUAGAAUCUCAACAACUCCUAUUCACUCAUACCACUGAAGGAGAUGUAUCUGCACACAUUUCCAAAUAUUUUGAUCAAAGUACUGGAUCCAAGACAGAGUCUGCUAGUUAUGAAACUAUCUCCAAGGAAUUAGAAGUUAAACCCGAAGAAAUUCUAUUUAUCACAGAUAGUGUUGAUGAGGCGAAAGCUGCUAAAACUGCUGGGUUAUCUUCUGUCCUAAUUACUAGAGAUGGUAAUGAUGCUUUACCCGAAGAAGCUUCCAAAGAUUUCCCUGUUAUAUCCAGUUUCCAGGAUGUUGUAUUUGACAAAUCAGUAAAACGUAAAAAUGAAGAGGAGAGUGCACCAACAGAGGAGGAACGUCCAAGCAAGAUGGCAAAAACUGAAAACGGUGUAGAGGAGGAGAAGGACAAGGAGGAGAAAAAAGAAGAAACUCCUACUGAAACAUCAUCAGCGAAUGCUAAAGUUGAAGAUGAACCGAUGGAAGUUGAUGGAGAUGAUGUCACGGAGAAGGAAGAAAUCGUCGUCAAAGGGGAUGCUGUAUCAGAGGCUCCUGCAAAGACUGAGGAAAUAACUAAGACUGAAGAUACUGCCACAAAUAAGGCCACUGAAGAAAAAUCUGAUAGCACCCAAAAAGUAACUACAGAAACAAAGACUGAAGACGAAAAACCAAUGGAAACUGACAAUAGUGUGGAAACUACAACUGCAGAACCCAUAAUUACAGAGUUACCAAAAGAAAUUAAAGUGGCGGAAGUUACUACUACAGAUGUAGAAGAGAAGAAAGAAGUUAAGAAUGAUGAAGAGCUUAAGAAAAUGGAAGCCACUGCCACAGUAGAAGAAAAAGAAUGUGAUAAAGAAGAAUCGAAAGAGGCGACAAAAUCUGAAAUGAACAAAACUGAAAUUGCUGUAACAGAUACUAAAGAAACAAAUACAACGGAAAAUUCAGCAGAGUCUACAACUGUGGAGAUUAAAGAAACUGCAGUCGAAACAGAAGUUUCUAAAAAAGAAGAGACAGAAGAACUAAAACAAGUAGAAGCUAAAGAAUCCAAAUUAGAAGAACCAACAGAAACUAAGGUCGAAAAAGAAGAAUCUAAAAAAGUAGAUGUAGAAGACAUCAAAUCUACUGAAAAAGAGAACCUCCCAACAAAAGUAGAAGAAACUAAAACAGAGGAAUCCAAAGUAGAGGAUUGUACUAAAAAAGAAGACAAAGAUGAACCUAAAACAAUAUCAAUUACAGACCCAAAACCUGCUGAAACUGAAAAGAAAGUAGAAGUGGAAGUAAUAAAUAAAGAGGAAAUGCAGCCAGCAGAAGAAGAAACUAAAAUGGCAACAGAAGACACUAAUACGAUAACCGAGGAAACUAAAACGGUAACUGAAGAAACCAAAAUGACAACGGAAGAAACGGCAACUGAAGAAACUAAAAUGGUAACGGAAGAAACUAAAACGGUAACGGAAGAAACUAAAACGGUAACGGAAGCUAAAAUGACAACGGACGACACUAAAAUGGCAACAGAAGAGACUGAAAUGGUAGCAGAAGAACCUAAAAUCGUAACAGAAGAAACUAAAUUAGCAACAGAAGAUACUAAAAUGGUAACAGAAGAAACUGAAACUGUAUCAGAAACAAAAGUUACAACUGAAGAAACAAAGAAAGUUCCUGAAGAGACAAAGCCAGUGACGGAAGAAACAAAUGUAGCACCAGAAGAAACAAAGGUAGCAACAGAAAAAUCAAAGGCAGUUAUAGAAGAAACUAAGGUAACAACAGAAGAAUCAAUGGAAGUAAUAGAAGAAACUAAGGUAACAACAGAAGAAAUUAAGGUAGCAACAGAAGAAACUAAGGUAGCCACAGAAGAAACUAAGGUAGCAACAGAAGAAACUAAGGUAGCAACAGAAGAAACAAAUAUGGCGACAGAGGAACCUAAAGUAGUAACAGAGGAAACUAAAGUAGCAACAGAGGAAACUAAAGUAUCAACAGAAGAAACUAAAGUAGCAACAGAAGAAACUAAAGUAGCAACAGAAGAAACUAAAGUAGCAACAGAAGAAACUAAAGUAGCAACAGAAGAAACUAAAGCAGCAUCAGAGGAAACGAAGGUAGCGACAGAAGAAUCGAAAGUAACGACACAAGAAACAAAUUUAGCAACAGAUGAAAGUAAACCAGAAACAGUAGAAUCAUCCAAAAUGGAAACUGAAGAACAACAAGAAAUUAAACCAGUAGAAGAUUCUAUGGAUGCUGAACCAAGCUUAGAUACUGAAACCAAACCUGAAUCUGCAGGUGAGCAAAAAGAAACAGUAGUAGAUGUUGUUGACAAGAAGGAAGAACCAAAAGUAGUUGAAAAUGGAGAAGUGACAGAAAAAAAGCCCGAAGAAAAAGAUUCAACAGUGGUUGAGAAAGAAAAUAAAAGUGACUUAGCCAAUGGAAUAGAAAAAUCAAAUGGUGUAAGUAAAGAAGUAACAAAUGGUAAUUCAAAAGAUGAAAAACAAAAUGGAGAAGCUACUGAAUCAACAGAUAGCAAUGUAGAAGACAUUAAAGUGAAAAAAAUUGAAGAAGCUGCCACAGAAACCACUCCUGUAAGUGUUCAAGUGUAAUAUGUCUAAUUAUUCGUUUCACUUGUCCUUAAAAACAGUUUUUAGUGUUUAUUUUUAUAUUAUUUAUUUGUAAUAGUUCUCAUGUUCUUGUUUACAAUUGGAUAUAGAAUGAGGUUCGCAGUUAAUUUUUUGUGAUGUAGGCCUAAUCCAAAACUUUUCUGGCGUUAGAAACAUUGAAUGGAAUACUUACAUAUUUGAAGUUGUCCAAUUUACAUUGUAUAUUUAUUAGUAAUGUCGCCUUUAUUAAAAAUAGACUGAUAGGAGAAUCUCAAAUUUAUAAGACUCAAAGACUGAAACGUUUAAAAAUCUGAUAAGACUUAAGGGGACAUUCCAAAUAUGUUGCAUCAAAAUCUGAAUUUAUUUAGACUCGAUUGUAUUUAUAACUGCGAAGUGUGAUCCUUUGGCCAACAAGGCAUUAAGACAAUGGGCUAUAAUUACUUUUCUAGUCAAUAAUAACAGUAUUUAACUAACACUUUCACAACAGAAGCUCUUUUUGGUAUGCUUUUAAAAUAAAAAUAAUUAUUUCAAGCAUACUUGAGAGCUUUCGCAUUGGGUGUAAUGGUGGAGCAUCAAUGAAAUUGUUAAUUGGAUACAUAACGAACCUCGCAACUGUAUACGUAAAAACGUUUAUUCGCAGAUGUACCUUUCCGAGCUUUCUCAAAAUCAAGCAAGUGAAGCAAAUCACAAUCUCAUUUUAACGGUACCUGACGACAACAUUGCGUAAUGAUUCAUUGGUGAGGACGUUCGGAUAGUUGUAAUCUUUGCCAUGAUACGAGGAUCAUUUGUAAAAUAAGAUUCCCUACGCCGCUGAGAAGGAAUGCGACGUACUGGGAGAAAUCUGGCAACACUGCCUUACACAUCAACUCUCCUUCUCUCUUAUCCCACUUUUGCCUCGCUGUAUCGCUCAGUGUUGGCCUAACAGCCUUCGAAGAUGGAGGUCCCGGUCGAUGUUACCGUCAAUGUGAAAUUAAUUCUGUGAUACUUUUUUUAAUGCAAAAUGGAUUUCACCUAUUGACAUUCAUCGUCAGUUAAUCGAAGUUUAGGGGUAAAAGUGCAUAUGUUGGCAAAAAAUAGUGUAGAGAAUUCAGUGAAAGCCGAACGGAAAUUUUGAAUCGUUUCGUUUGGCCUUCACUAGAUUCUCUACGUCAUUUGCGAACAUGUUGAACAGAUAUGCACUUUUACCCAUAAACUUCGAUUAACUGACGAUGAAUGUCAAUAGGUGAAAUCCAUUUUGUAUUUAAAAAAUAUAUCACAGCAUGAAUUUCACAUUGUUGGUAACAGUGGCCAGGACAUCCAUCUUCGAAGGCUGCUAGGCUGACACUGAGCAAUGCAGCGAGGCGAAAGUGGUGGGGUAAGAGAAAGGGAGAGUUGAUGUGUAAGGCAGUGUUGCCAGAUUUCUCCCAGUACGUCGCAUACUUUCUCAGCAGCGUUAAGAAUCUUCUUUCAGGAAUGACCCUAGUACCAUAAACAAGACGAAGAGAGUAUACUAAUCGCAUUCAGUAUUGUCCAUUGUCACACUCGGUCAGUACUUCAGAUCUGAUGGUAAAAUAAGCAGCAGUUAUCAUGCAUUUUGUACUACGGUCAUUAUUUACAUUAUUCCAUUGUUUGAAUGAAGAACUGUACGAGAUUGAAUAUAAUCCUGGAACAUCAUUCCAUUUUUUACAUAACGUUAGUAAAUAAGUUGUUUAUCAAUUAAGCAAGUAACAAUGUUUCUAAGCCAGGAUAGUUUUGAGUAUUAUCUCUUGUGUGAUCUAAAUUGUUCCUCUUAGUAUAAAAUUUUAACUUCCAAGAAUAAGUGCCAACAAGAUAAAAGACUGGAGAAAAGACUGCGACUACAUUGGCAUAAUUUUUUUUUCAAAAUUUAACUGUUCUGUAAUAAUCUCAGUAUUUAAAUAAUCAUCUCGUGACUGUAAAAUGUAGCUGUAAAUGGGGAUGGUCUUAAGAAAGCGCUCGUUUAAUUUUUGACUAUAGAAUGUUUUAAUUUUUGUAUUUAGUCUAAAAAUUUUUAACAUUCCCUGUCAAUAUGAUGUAUAUUUUUUUUUAUCGAAAAUACUCAGCUAACUUUAAAAACCAUUACUAGUUUCAACUACUUGUGAUAACGUAAGUUUUGUCAUCACUCUUUUGUUUAAAUAAAUUAAUUUGGUGUAUCAAUCGGUCCAAAGAGGCCCUAUUUAUUGUAUACGUUCAAGCACCAUAAUAAAAUUUUUGUAGCGUUA